UCCUUUGCGGUGACAAUUCGCCAAUAAAAAAUAAACCCACGCAAAGCUAAAAUCAUUGAAUAACGCUAAUUUUUCACUCAACGCUAUAAUGAAGUAGUGAGAGCAUGCGUUUUGUGUUACCCCGCCACUGAGGGUUAAUACAGGAAAUCACUUCUUCUUUCAGUCAUGGCGAAUUUUGUGUACCAAAUUUGAGCUUUGUACUUUAAAGCGUUUUUGAGUUGUCGUGCAAUUCAUUAAAAAAUCUUGAGGGUCUGAUCAAAGGUGAAGAGGUGUUCCCAUGGCAAUUGAGCGCGUUCUUUUCAGUUCUAGAAAUAUAAGGUUUGUUAUACCUUAAUAACAUACCACGACAUUGCAACCUCGAUAAUUAAACUGCUAUUGUAAUCCAAAACGACAUAGGGAGACCUUGAAGUCGUUUGGUAUAAAGCAUUGUAUAACACCGUAAUAAUGUAGAACCAAAAUGAAGUGCGUAAUCUCAUUGCUGUUUCUCUUUACUGCGGCGUAUGGUGUCUCAGACGAGUUCAAAAACGCUCUUAGAAUGAAGAUGGCCACUUUCGCAAGCGCUUGCAUUUCGGAAGUGGGCGCGGGUGAAGCUGACAUCACCGAUCUCGUGCGGAAAAGGAUACCAUCGACCAGGGAAGGACGUUGUUUAAUUUCCUGCCUUCAAAAGAAGUUUGGACUGCAACAAUCCGAUGGACAACCUGACCGCCUUGGAACCAUGGCGCUUCUGGAGCCUUUGCACGAUGACGAUCCUGAGAUGUACAAGAAAGUUUUGCAGGUCGCCAUAACAUGCGGUCCUCUAGUUGAAAAAAUGAAACUCACCGACGCUUGUGACGUGGCCGUUGAGGUCACAACAUGCGCAAUGAGAGAGGGAAAAAAGUUUGGCUUGGAGGAUCCGUUUGGCUUAAACCGAUAAUGAACCGAUGUUUCGUAUCUAACUAGUUUUAAUUGUGCAAUAAUGGCAGUGAAAAAUCCUUUGAUUUAGUUAAAAUCACUAAUGUGUACCGGUGUAAUUUUAAACUUCGUAGUAUCAUUGAAUAAAAUGUUUUUAUUCAAUGGUAGUAUACAACCUUCAGUGACUAAGUAUAGAUUAAAAUUUCUACUGAUUAUACAUGAUUAAUGUCUACCUCAACAUAAACAAUAUCAAUCAAAGCUUGUAAUUUGUUAUUUUGUACUUUUUUGCGGUAAAAAA